AUGGACAAGCCACAUGAGCUUCAGCCCUCUCGUCCCGUCUACCUGCCAUGGGCCGGCUUCGUCGAGACCACUCCAGACAGUCUCCACCCACCCACUCGGGCCAUGCGACCAGCUGAUUACACGCCUCUUCCCGCAGCAAAUUUGAGUACACAGACAGCGACCAUGCCAGGCUGCGUUGAAGAUAUUCGAUGGGGUUCGUAUGAGAUCAAAGACCAAAGUAUAAUCGACAAGUUUGCAGAUCACAUCCAGCAAUACAAGCCUCUCACUAUCAACAAUGCGCUGUUCAACAACUUCGAUCCAAAGCCCGGCGAGCGGAAGAUUUGUACGGUUGUGUACUGGCACAAUGGCUACAAGAAGAGUCGUAUUGCAGUUGAGCACGGUGUGAUGCCAUUCGAUUGGGACAUCACAUCUGUCUGCUAUAAAUGGGGUAAAUUUCAGGACGAAACUACGUUCGACUACAGCUUCUCCGAGGGUCUCAAGCUCGGAUUCGUCAAGGCUGACGAAAGUCGCCAGCACGGGAUGUCGUACUUCAACGAACACCCCGAGGUCCUUGCCAGCCUGAUGUACUUCAUGGACUAUUGCAAAGAUUUCGAGAUCACGAACGAGCUUAUGGGAGGCGAUCCCAAGGAGGGCAAGGCCAAAAAUUUGGAAAUCGACUACAAGAACGUCCGUUGGGGUGGUGCGGACCAUCAGUACCAAGACAAUGUCUUCUCUCCCAGCCACAAGAAAUAUACGAUCAUUGACAGAGAGGGCGCAACGACUUGCUUCAAGGAUCGUCUGGGUUUCUUCGACAAGAAGGCCAAGGAAUUGACGGACCCCUGGUUCUACGCCGGGACAGCAGCCAACAAAAUGUCUCGUUUGGACGUGGGAAAAUGGCUGACAGAAAGCUUCAGACGGGGCUGGGUAACUAGGCACUAG